UUGCGUCCCGGCUCCGGCAGCGCCGCGGUGCGCUCCUGGUCCAGCCCUCCCGGCUCGGGGCUUCGCUUCCGAGGCGCCCGCGCCCCCGGGCUCCCCGCCUCGGCCACCCCGCGGCCCCGAUGCCGAGGCAUGGAUAGAGCGGCGCUGCGCGCGGCGGCGAUGGGGGAGAAGAAGGAGGGCGGCGGCGGGGGGGACGCGGCGGCCGCGGAUGGGGGCGCCGGGGCCGCGGCCAGCCGGGCGCUGCAGCAGUGCGGGCAGCUCCAGAAGCUCAUCGACAUCUCCAUCGGCAGCCUGCGCGGGCUGCGCACCAAGUGCGCCGUGUCCAACGACCUCACCCAGCAGGAGAUCCGCACCCUGGAGGCGAAGCUGGUCCGGUACAUUUGCAAGCAGCGGCAGUGCAAGCUGAGUGUGGCUCCUGGCGAGAGGACCUCAGAGCUCAACAGCUACCCUCGCUUCAGCGACUGGCUUUACACCUUCAACGUGAGGCCGGAGGCGGUGCAGGAGAUCCUCCGCGAGCUCACGCUGGAUGCCCUGCUGGACAUGAAUGAGGCCAAGGUGAAGGAGACGCUGCGGCGCUGCGGGGCCAGCCCCAAGGACUGCGGCCGCCUGCAGUAUGGCCUCGCCUGCCUGCGGAAGGGAGGGGAGCACAAAGAGGACUCGGGCUGGAGUUCGUCGGAUGCCCGGCGGGAAAGUGGCUCAGGGCCUUUCAUCGACACCCUCUCGCCAGCCAGCCUGCCUUGGCCCCCGGGAAGUGCCCAGUUGGGCAGAAUGGGCAGUAGUGCCCAGGGCCCACGCUCUGUCUCCGUGUCAACUCUGCCCACCUUGGACUCCCCAGCCCCUGGCCCUAGCGAGGGCCUUUCGGACACCUGCAUGCCCCUGCAUGCCAGUGGCCGGCUGACCCCCCGUGCCCUGCAUAGCUUCAUCACCCCGCCGACCACGCCCCAGCUUCGCCGGCACACCAAGCUGAAGCCACCGAGGACGCCGCCCCCACCCAGCCGAAAGGUCUUUCAGCUGCUGCCCAGCCUCCCCACGCUGACCCGGAGCAAGUCCCAUGAGUCUCAGCUGGGGAACCGCAUUGACGAGGUCUCCCCAAUGAGGUUUGAUCUCCCGCAUGGUGGAUCCCCACAGAUGGUACGAAGGGACAUCGGGCUGCCGGUGACUCACAGGUUCUCCACCAAGUCCUGGCUGUCGCAGGUCUGCCACGUGUGCCAGAAGAGCAUGAUGUUUGGAGUGAAGUGCAAGCACUGCAGGUUGAAGUGUCAUAACAAGUGUACAAAAGAAGCCCCCGCCUGUAGAAUAUCCUUCCUGCCACUACCUAAGCUUCGGAGGACAGAAUCUGUCCCCUCGGACAUCAACAACCCGGUGGACAGAGCCGCCGAACCCCAUUUCGGAACCCUCCCCAAAGCGCUAACAAAGAAGGAGCACUCUCCAGCCAUGAACCACCUGGACUCCAGCAGCAACCCGUCCUCCACCACGUCCUCCACGCCCUCCUCGCCGGCGCCCUUCCCGACGUCAUCCAACCCAUCGAGUGCCACUACACCCCCCAACCCCUCGCCCGGCCAGCGGGACAGCAGGUUCAACUUCCCAGCUGCCUACUUCAUUCAUCAUAGACAGCAGUUUAUCUUUCCAGACAUUUCAGCGUUUCCACAGGCGGCCCCGUUCCCCGAGGCAGCGGACAGCACCCGGCUCGAUGACCAACCAAAAGCAGACGUGUUGGGGGAUCAUGAAGUGGAGGCUGAGGAGCCGGAGGCCGGCAAGUCCGAAGCAGAAGAUGACGAGGACGAGUUGGACGACUUGCCGAGUUCUCGCCGGCCCUGGCGGGGCCCCAUCUCACGCAAGGCCAGCCAGACCAGCGUGUACCUGCAGGAGUGGGACAUCCCCUUCGAGCAGGUGGAGCUGGGCGAGCCCAUAGGGCAGGGCCGCUGGGGCCGGGUGCACCGCGGCCGCUGGCACGGCGAGGUGGCCAUCCGCCUGCUGGAGAUGGACGGCCACAACCAGGACCACCUGAAGCUGUUCAAGAAGGAGGUGAUGAACUACCGGCAGACGCGGCAUGAGAACGUGGUGCUCUUCAUGGGGGCCUGCAUGAACCCCCCCCACCUGGCCAUCAUCACCAGCUUCUGCAAGGGGCGGACGUUGCACUCGUUUGUGAGGGACCCCAAGACGUCUCUGGACAUCAACAAGACAAGGCAGAUCGCUCAGGAGAUCAUCAAGGGCAUGGGAUAUCUACAUGCCAAGGGCAUCGUGCACAAAGAUCUUAAAUCCAAGAACGUCUUCUACGACAAUGGCAAAGUGGUCAUCACAGACUUUGGGCUGUUCGGGAUCUCGGGCGUGGUCCGAGAGGGACGGCGAGAGAACCAGCUGAAGCUGUCACACGACUGGCUGUGCUACCUGGCCCCUGAGAUCGUGCGUGAGAUGACGCCUGGGAAGGACGAGGAUCAGCUGCCGUUCUCCAAAGCUGCUGACGUCUAUGCAUUUGGGACUGUUUGGUAUGAGCUGCAAGCAAGAGACUGGCCCUUUAAGAACCAAGCUGCAGAGGCCUUGAUCUGGCAAAUUGGAAGCGGAGAGGGAAUGAAGCGUGUCCUGGCCUCCGUCAGCCUGGGGAAGGAAGUCACUGAGAUCCUGUCUGCCUGCUGGGCUUUCGACCUGCAGGAGAGGCCCAGCUUCACCCAGCUGAUGGACAUGCUGGAGAGACUGCCCAAGUUGAACCGACGGCUCUCCCACCCUGGACACUUCUGGAAAUCUGCUGAGUAA